AUGGACGCCAAGGGGGAUCUGCAACCCCGAAAAGACGACCAAGCUGAGAGUGGGAAGCAAGAGCUGGUAGUUAUGGAUGUUGAAGACGCGACAGCUCUCCCAGAAGCGGAUAUCAUGGCUGGACGCAACGUCUCGAGCAAGGACGCCGAGCAAUCUCCCACUGCCGGAAGGGAUCAAAGAGAAGAAGCACAGAACCAGAGAGAAGGCGAUGGCGCUCCAUCAAACGUGCCCGGAAGGAGCUCAGAAGCCCAUUUGUACGCUGGAAAUGAGAACAACGGAGAUGCUGCACCACACCGCCCGACAGAACCCACGGCGACCGGCGGCAAGCCUGAAGGACUGCUGGACCAUGACACUAUUGCCGUUGAACCUCCAAAUACUGCGCAUGGAUCGGUCGAGAACGGUGCUAUCGAGGUAAAACCACCUUCCGACGGUGACGGGAACCCCGACGUGGUCAUGACCGACGUCACCCAACCUUCGAAUGAAGAAGCUGCCACUGGCUCUGACCCUUUCGUCUUGCACCAACCACGCAAAAGACCCGCGCCGACGCAAAGCAAAGAAGAACCUGCACCUCCACCAUCACCGGGAAGUGACAAAAGAAAACACAGCCCACCUCCGAUUGUCGAGAAGGAUUCCGCACAAGAUACCGCCAUGGCCGACGCCCCAACAGAACCAACACGCCGAUCCGGUCGGCGCACGACUCGCAGAACUUAUCGAGAGGAGGACAGCGACGCCGAAUUCGAUCCUGCACCAACACCUCCUUCUAAGAAAAUGACUCCCGCCUCGGUAUCCGAGUCCAAGCGUGGCGGAAACAGCCGUAUCUGGAAGCCCGACUACCUUCUCCAGGACCCGAAAUCCAAAUUGGCAAAGGUCGAUGUCACGACUAUCCUCAAAGAUCCUCGCGCCUGGACUUCGCUCAGCCCAGCGCAGCAGUCCAAAAUCAUCUCUUUGCUUCCUAAUGCGCCGGCUCUUGCCCCGGACCCCGCCGACCCCACUGCUUCCCUCCCCAACAUCCCACAGCAGAUGCUCGCCUGCAACGAUGCCUUCCGCGCCGACAUCUCCCUGUUCCAGGAAGACCUUAGUGAAGGCCGCCUCGAUCCCGACUGGCAGCAUGACUGCCUGGUGGCAAUGGAGAAACGGGCACGCGGAGAGUUUGACGAGUGGAAGGAGAGGGAGAUGGAGGCUUUCUGGGGCCAGAAGCAGAAACUGAGCUACGACGUGAUUGCGGGCGAGAGUAGUAAGGUCAAGCUCGAGACGCUCAUCGAGGCGGGCUGCUGGGAGGUCAGAGAUGUCUGGGUGUAUACGCGAUGCUUUGGCAAGGGCAAGAAUACGAUCAAGAUUGAGAAGGAGGCCACGAUCACUUCCAUCACCGAGGACCACCGGAUCACAUUUCGUUUCCCAGAUGGCCAGCGCAAAUUCAGCUCAGCGAGCGCGGGCGAAGAUAUCGAGACGGAACCGCUGAGCAGUGUACAGCAGCUUGCUGACAAGUGUAUUGAGACUGACGGCCGCAUUAGCACCUGGCGUCCGGUAAAUGCAUGGAAGGAGAUUCGAUGCUUCCGCAAGAAUCAGGAUAUUGGCUCGCCGUGGGAGAUUCUCAUGUCGGCCGCGAAGCAGAUGCAACACCGCCGCGCGCAUAAUCUCCUGCUCAUCUCAAAGCUCCUUAAUUGUCGGGAAAAUGCGUCACCAUUCACCUUGAUCCUUGAUUCGUUGGAGCAGUCUGGAAAGGGCUUGGUGAGGGAGUUCAUCAGGCGAGCGAAUGCUGCAAAAACGCGCGUAGUCUUCGUAUCUUUCGAAACGCUCAAGAAGCCCAAAGGCGUCGACGUCUUCAUCGCAGCCUCUAGAAAGGAUCCCUCUUCCCUGCAAAAAGAGCUUUCCAAACUCGCCGCCGAGUCAACCGCCCGCCAGAAAACCCUUCUCAUCCUCGACACCCUCCACCCACUAACCUCGCACCCCAGCACCUCUCUCACUCUCCCCCAAUUCCUGUCUUCCCUACUCUCCCCAUCCACCUCUCUCCUCGCCACCUACCACGUCGACAUCCCCCUUCCCGCCCAUGCCAACGCCAAUCUCUACGCGCCCCACCCCCUCACGCUCCUCAGAUACAUCGCCACCACUCUCCUCACCCUGCACGCACUGCCACACGUGCUCGCUGCCAAGGCCGCCCAGGACCGCAGCGUGGCGGCGCCGGUCUUCGGGCUGGCGGAGGAGAUUGAAGGCGUGGUAGCGGGGAUGGGGCGGAACGGGUGGGGCGCUGUUGCUCACGCACGCAAGGAUGGGGAUUCUGCUGCUGCCACAGCGGCGGCGGCGGCGUUGGGAAGGGGCGUGGUGGUGGAGAUGGAGUACAGGCGGAAGUCCGGGCGAGGGGUGCGGGAGUGGUAUUUCGUGCCUACCGCCAGUGCUGCUGCGAAGCCGGCGAAUGGGGUGAGGGAGACGGUGAUUCUGUUGGAGGAUCAUCCGCUGUAUAGGCAUGUGCCUGGAGCGGCGGGUGCGGUGGGUGAUGCGCAGGAUGAGAUGGAUACGACGUUCAGCUUGGGCCUCACGGAGAAGCAGAGGAGGGAUAGGGAGGGCGUGGUGCUGCCAUAUUUCGAUGCUCAGAGGGAAGAUGGCGGACCUGGAGAGGGAGGGCGGAUUCUGUAUGAUAUGGGCGUGGAGGAUGAUUUUGACGAAGAGGAGGAUGAGAUUUGA